AUCAAUUUCCAUCAUUUAUGUCUAACAUAUAUGAGAAUAAUAGAAAAUUCGUUACAACUAAAUAAAGAUGGGUAAAAAUAAUAAUUAAAUUCAGGAAACUUUAACCCAAAAUAUAACUAAGAAAAUUAUAAAUAAAGAAAACAGUUCAAUAAGCCAAAAACACGCAAUUGUUAAAUCAAUAUAAAAGAAUAAACCCACUUUAUCCUACGAUAAAAAAAUAGAAUUGCCAUAGAGAACUAUUACAAAGUUUUUCAAAACAUAGAGAUCAUAAAUCUACUCCAAUCUAAAACUGCAAGAUUCAAAAGGAUGCAUUAGAGAAUUCAGAUGUUAUGAUGAUAAAGCAUUAAACAUCCCUAAUUCUUUUAGUUAAACUAUAACACAUGUAAAUAAUGUUUAAAAUUUAGUCACUCGAUAACGAUUGUUAAUCAGAUGAUGAGCAAGUUCAAUUAGCAGUUGAACAACUAAAAAAUUUACUUGAAUCUUAAAUAAAUUAACAUCACAAGCCAUUUUGA